AUGUCUUCUCCCAAGGUCCUUGUCGUCGGCUGUGGGAUCUCUGGGCCCGUCGUGGCAUGUCUCUUGAAACAAAAAGGUUAUGAGCCGAUUAUCUUUGAGAGAGCCGAGGCUCCUAGAGACGUUGGGGCUACUUUGAUGAUCUGUCCCAAUGGUCUAAAGGUUCUCAGCCUUAUUGGCUCUCUGCCUGACCGUCUCCUUCAGAACGGCCCACCUGUUCUAGAAUUACGCGACUACAAAGCUUCCGGCGAAACAAUUGGCGGGUCGGAUAUUCCUACGGGAUUUGCUAAACGAUACGGUCAACCUGCUGUAGGUGUCAAACGUACACUCAUCACUUCUUGGCUUCAAGAACUGGCUAUUGAGAGUGGAGUAGAGGUAAGGGAGGGGUGGAAACUUGAAGCAAUUGAAGAAACCGAAGAUUCAGUCACUGCUUUCUUUGAAGGAGGCAAAUCAGAGACUGGUAGUUUUCUUAUUGGCUGCGAUGGAUUGCGCGCUGCGACCAGAAGGCUCAUUCUGGCUCGUGGUGGCAUGGAAGAGGGAUCGCCUUCUUUCACGGGUUUGACGCAGACAGCUGGAAUCUCCCCCACGCCAGAAGUCUUCCGGAACAACCCUGGUGCGAGAAACUGGUACGGAGAACUAAGCCAUGUCAUCAGUUACCCAUGUACCCAUGAUAAGACAUCAUGGGGCUUGACGCUUCCUGGCGACGUUGUUGAGGAAGCGUCCUGGGGAUUGUUCAGCGACGAACAGAGAGCAGCUGAGAAGGAGAAAAUACUCAAAAUGUUGCGAGCCAAAGAGUGGGAUCCGGUUGUUCUAGAAAUGGUGGGCUCUGCUGAGCGUCUCAUCAAAUACGGCCUCUAUGACCGACCUGAACUCAGUCCGGAGCAGUGGUACUCCGGACGCUGUGUCAUGGUCGGCGAUGCUGUGCAUCCAACCAGUGUGCAUCUUGGACAAGGCGCCAACCAAUCAUGUGAGGAUUGUUACUACCUGACCAAGGAGCUUCCUGAUUUCAACGCCAAGCACGCACUUCCGACUUCUCUACUAACUGAGAGUUUCAAGGCAUAUGCGGACAAACAACAGCCUCAUACUUCGACUCUGGUAAAAGGCGCGAGAGCCUUGGGCCUUGCCCGUGUUGCAGCUCCUGAAUACUGUGACAAGCGUGACCAGGCGAUUGCUCAAAGCAUGGGGGAUCGCGCCGGUCUCCAGGCAAAGUUUGACUUCACCUACUCGCGUCCUUUCUAG